GUUAGAGGGUUUGCUUGUUUCCAGUACUGCUCAUUCCCUCUCAAGGAGGAGGAACGUGAGAAACGCGCAACCAGAGCGGCGUGUGCGCGCCCGGAGUUUGGAGACCAACUGCUUCUUUUAGGAACCUUCACACCAAUGAGAACCUACAAGAACAACCCACCGGCGACUGUCCACGCGUGACAGAGGACGGAAAUCAGUCAUUUAAGGGAGUGACCCGACUGCGCGCCCGCAGAAGCGCCCACUGCCCAGCUGCCACAGAGAAGACCUGUCAAGUCCUUCUACACUUUGGAUUAUGACAUUAUAACAACUAUACAGUGCUGGCUGUUUCAGACGUCCAAUUCUCCACUCUGAGGAUAAAUAGUUUCGUUCUUUACGGUAUGGACGAGAAAACAUAAGUGACCGGAUGCGCUCCGACUGACGUGCUUUGACCAGCCUUAUAUAAACUACCGUGUGAUUCAAACAUCAUACAACUGACAAAAUCCAGAGGAUAUAAGUGAAAAGACAGAAGACUGUUUAAGGAUGUAUUGGUGUUUGCUGUUUGUGACUCUAACAGGGUUUUCCGUGGCUCGCGCUUUAACGGAAAGCUCCUGCGGUGGGAAGAUCACGAUCACUAGGGCCGGUUAUGUGACCUCUCCCGGUUACCCGACCGGUUACCCGGUGAACCAGCAGUGCACCUGGCUGAUCGAAGCGCCCGAGCCACAGCAGAAGAUCCUCAUCAACUUCAAUCCACAUUUCGACCUGGAGAGCAGGUGCAAGUAUGAUUAUGUACAGGUGUUUGAUGGUCUGGAUGAGAAUGGUUUCUCUCUUGGGAGGUUCUGCGGCAAAAUCGCUCCAUCUCCAAUCAUCUCUAGUGGAAACGCUCUGCUCAUCAAAUUUACCUCUGACUAUGAAAGUGCAGGCGCUGGAUUCAGCAUCCGCUACGAGAUACACCGCACAGGCACUGAAUGUUCCAGAAACUUCACGGCAUCACAUGGAGUAAUCCAAACCCCUGGUUUCCCUAAUAACUACCCGAACAACCUUGAGUGCACCUUUAUUAUCUUCGCACCCAAGAUGGCGGAAAUCGUCUUGGACUUUCAGAGCUUCGAUAUGGAACCGGACACGACUGCACCUGUCGGGGCAGUCUGCAGAUUUGACUAUCUAGAGAUUUGGGAUGGAUAUCCAACGGUGGGACCUCAUAUCGGUCGGUACUGUGGCUCUAGGAAACCAGGCUUUGUUAUCUCCUACACUGGAGUUCUCUCUCUUAGCAUCCAUACAGAUAAUGCUAUCUCCAAGGAAGGCUUUUCAGCCAAUUACAGCAUCCGAACCAGCUCCGAGUCGUCCCAGGAGGGCCACGGUGCAUGUAUGUCCCCUUUAGGAAUGGAAAGUGGUGAGAUCACAGAUGACAGAAUCACGGCGACAUCCCAGUAUAAUCCCAGCUGGUCUCCGGUGCGCUCCAGACUGAACUACCCUGACAAUGGCUGGACGCCAUCGGACGACUCGGCUAGAGAGUGGAUACAGGUGGAUUUGGGGUUCCUGCGGUAUGUGACAGCCAUAGGAACACAAGGUGCCAUAUCAAAGGAAACUAAAAAAGCUUAUUACGUCAAAACAUACAAGAUCAGUGUGAGCUCAAACGCAGAGGACUGGAUCACAAUCAAAGACAAAACCAAACAAAUGGUGUUCCAUGGAAAUCAAAAUCCCACCGAUGAGGUGCUCGCCCUGCUGCCCAAACCCACCCUCGCCCGUUAUUUACGGAUUCGACCAUUGACCUGGGAACAGGGAAUCUGUAUGCGUUUCGAGGUGUAUGGCUGUAAAAUAUCAGAUGCCCCAUGCUCCAGUAUGUUGGGAAUGGUUUCCGGUCAGAUUUCUGACUCUCAGAUCUCAGUGUGGCCGUCUGCAGAAAGGGGUUGGCUUCCGGAGCAGGCCAGACUGCUGACCGGGCGUACGGGGUGGGUGGUUGCUCAACCGCAGGUUCUGGGGAAGAACCAUUCACUGGAGCUGGAUCUGGGAGCUCUGCGGAUGGUAACGGGCCUCAUCCUGCAAGGAGGGAAAUACAGAGACUUGAAUAUUUUCAUUAAACGCUUCAGAGUUAUGUACAGCACUAAUGGAUCUGACUGGACCUACAUACCGGAGGAGAACAGCAACAAAGUGAAGGUGUUUACGGGUAAUCUCAACCAUGACACCCCAGAAGUACGUACUUUUGAUCCCGUGAUGAUGCAUUUCCUGCGUAUCUAUCCUGAACGUGGCACACCUGAAGGCAUGGGGUUAAGGCUGGAGGUUUUGGGGUGUGACCUUCAAGAGCCCACAACACCUCUGCCCGCCACAAGCUCCUUGGAAGCUACCGCAGCGACAGUCACGAGUGUGUCAUCGAAUAUUCAAACAACAACCAUCAUUCCAACAACAAUGGACAAUUGUGAUGAUGACGGCAACUGCCAUAGUGACACAGACUACGAUCCAGCAGGAACUAUAUUGUCUGAAACAUUUUUGGAGAUUGAGCCAGUGCCUGCAUACAUCUGGUUUGCCUGUGAUUUUGGCUGGACGGAGAGCCCUUCCUUCUGUGGGUGGAGUCAAGACGAUGGUGAAGGAGCUGAAUGGCACAUAAGAAACAACAGCAAGCAUUUCGACCACAAACUGCCUAAUGUGGACCACACAGGAAUGCCUCAUAACUUUGUUUAUGCAGCUUUCGACACAAGCCCGCACAGAGAGACGGAGCGAAAUACCGAAAUGGAUACAGAAGAAGAGUUGGAAACAAAAGGACGGAUGGCAAGACUGGCCAGUCUCCCGGUUGGGGCACCAGAUUCAGACCUGUGCAUGUCGUUUUGGUACCACUUUACCGAGAAACACACAGGAACUCUGAACAUCAAACAGAAGACAGAGCAAGAAGAUGAAGAAGGGAAGAAAGAAGAGAAAGAACAUCUGGUCCGCUCUAUAAACAGAAAUAUGAAAAGCAGAUGGAGGGAAGGAAGAGUUUUGAUCCCCAGGGCUGACACACCUUAUCAGGUGAUUUUUGAGGCUCAUGCAGAAUCUGGGUGUAUCUCACUGGAUGAUAUAAAGAUACUGGAUGAAUUGGAUCCAGAAGAGUGCAAGGACCCAGAGUAUAAAAAAGCUGAUGAAGAUGAAAUCGACCCAGCGAAAGAGGAUGAAUAUGAGAUUGUGCACUGUCCAGAACCCGAGAACACCCUCUGGAGUUUUGAACGUGGUUCUAUGCUGAAGACUUUGGAUCCAAUCCUGAUCACCAUCAUCGCCAUGAGCGCAGUAGGGGUUUUGCUGGGCGCCGUGUGCGGGGUACUGUUCUACUGUGCGUGUGCCCACACCUCUGACCGAAACCUCUCCGCUCUCGAGAACUACAACUUUGAGCUGGUGGACGGAGUCAAACUACAGAAGGAAAAACUCAAUGCACAGAAGUCUUACACAGAGGCGUGAGAGAUGCCAGGAGAAAUUGCUGAAUAAUUUCAGAGGAACGUUUUAAGAACGUCAUUCCAGACUGAGGCAUUUUAUUCUCAGGAUGUGCGGGACAAGCCUCUAGGGGGCGCUAUGUAUAGAUUGUACAGCCAGAUGAUUGUCUACUUGUUUGUUUGUUUGUUUGUACAUUUGUUGCUGGUGAUGAGACCAAGACAAAAAUAUGUAUCUUCUCACACAGUCGGGUUUUCCUUAUUCUACGAGACCCCUUUUUUGCGAGGCACAGUGUACACACAUGAAUUUUCAGUGUUAUUGUGCUCUUGAGUGUUUAAAAGCAUAUGUUUCUGUUUGUUCAGCUCACACUUCAUUCCAAUGGUGCCUUUAAAUGUCUUUUUGUUGCCUUUUUACAUAUGGGCAGACAGUCAUUUGCUCUUGAGCGCAAACUGCUCUCUCGACAGAAACAGACUUCUCACACAUACAGAAGUCCGUGUGUUUAAAUGUGUAAAAUGUUCCACCAUGUGAGACAUUUCACAUGAACACAUUACGUUUUACAUGACAAAACAAUAGAUAUUCUGUUCUAAAAAACUUUUGGGUUGGACAGAUGUGUGAAUUCAGGGUCUGAUAUCAUAGAUUGACUAUAAAUUGACUUGGAAACAAUUGGUUACAAGGGCAUGUUCAUAAAGAGAGGAUUUAACUAUCUUUAUCCUCUGCUAAAUUAAAGGUGAAAUUGUAAAAUCUUUCUAAUUGAAACUUUCAACACUCUUUUUUCUGGAUCUCAUCCGAUUUGUAAUCUUUGUUCUGCUUCUGUAACAUUCGCUACCAAAUGACUUCGUAAUCCCUGUGGAUCAUCUGUAAAAACACAGUGUCGUCUAGACUGCCAGGAGCCGGUAGGACACCUCCUGAUCUUGAGACAGCUGAGGAGACAUUCACUUUGGGAGUGUGUGGUAAUGGAACUAACGUCAGAAUGGAAGCAUCAUCAAGUGAAGAAAAAGAGAAGUGAUGUGAGACCAGCUCCUUCUGGAAAUAAUAUCAGAAAGACAAACUGAUUUGUGCUUUAAAGGAUUUGCAGUAUCAGGAAAAGUUGAGGAGACAGAAGUAGUGAAAAUGGCAUCUGGGUCCAUUUCAUACAAAGGAAAAUUCUACAUUCGCUUCGACAACUGAGAGGAGAUGUAGCCUUCUCCCGCCUAAAUGAACCGAUUGAUGUAAUUUUGCACUGAGAAAUAUAUUUAAUGAAGAAUUUAGAUAGUAAUAAAUGCGUUAAUGACUUAAAAUUGUAAAGGAAAUUCAGCUGUCUGUGUAAUAGCUCACUUUUUAAUGAUAUUUAAAACUAAAUGUUAUUUUCCUUAAAUGUAACCGUUUCUGGUGGUUUUCUGUCCCAGUGGACUAAAAUAAUGCCCUUUUGACUUUCCAUCACAAAAUUUUUACCUGUUUGGUUUUUGAUGUUCUGGAGUUCAGUCUGUCUCGUGGCUGUUCUGUAUUCACAGUUCUGUGAUCCUAGGAAAAAAGAAGACGUGAAGAGGACUAACGUCGCAUCAGCAUCACAAAGACGUUCUAACUAAUCUGACCAAUCAGAUUUGACAAAGAAAUUCCAAAGAGUGAAGUUAAUAAAGUUUCUAUAAUGGUU